AUGGCAAAACUUGAUGAACUGCCACAAGAGAUUAUUUGGAUGAUAUUUAAUUUUCUUUCUUCUCGUGAACUCUGCCUUAAACUUCGCCUCGUUUGUCGGUUUUUUGAUAAUCUUAUCGCAAAUGCGCGAUACUGGAAAUCGAGGUUAAAGCAGUUACUUAUAACGAUUCACAUUGAUCGGCAGUGCGACCGAGCUGUAUUGCUUAAAUUGGCGCCUUUAGUAUCGUGGCGCCUCACCUUCGUAGAAAUACAAAUUGAUCGAGUUACAAUACCAGAAUGUCGAAGUCACAAAUCAAAUUUUUCUCCAAUGCGGACGUCAUUUGCUAUUGAAACUGCCAAGUCCCUUUGGGGCGACGGAAAAUUAAUUGUAAAGCAGCGAAAUGCUCGUAUAAUGUCGUAUCAUUUUGCGACAAUAGAUGCGAUCGCGAUGUUUGAGACGCCAGCUCAUAAAAAACUUUGCAUUUCUGGUUCUAGAGAUCGGUCUUUGGCAUUAUGGGAUAUGAGCAAAGUUGCGAAUGGAUAUCAUGAAGAACAAUGGAAAGUGGCCAGUUGUGCUAACGCUCAUGAUGGAUGGCUGUGGUCAGUUUGUAAAGUUCCAAACAAUGACGAUAUUUUUUCUUGUGGUUGGGACAACACUGUGAAACACUGGCGAUUAACAAAUGACGCUGUUCAAUUAUUGACAUCCUCUUCUGAGAUGUCAGCUAUUUUGAGUUUGGUUUGUGAUAAUAAUAUUGUGGUUUUUGGAAAUUAUGACGGAAAAAUCGGCGUGUUAGAUGUGCGAAAUAAUUUGGAGAUCAUCAUGAAUUUCUCACUUCAUCGGAAAGCAGUUUUAUCUUUGGCAUUUGAGCCAGGCACCAAUUAUAUUUACUCGUGUAGUUAUGACCGUACUGUUUAUUGUAUGGAUAUUCGUAUGUGGAAAGAAACGAAUUUUAUUCGAUUGGCGCCUUAUAUAAUGAAUCUUUCGUUGAGUGAAGGUCAGUUGGCAUGUGCCACAUCGAAUGGCGAUAUAUAUCUCAUGGAUGCUCCUCAACUGUCCAUUUAUGAUGUAUCAUUAUUACGUUAUUUUCAGACUAUUUCUUGUGGCAUUGGUCGACAGGUAAAAAUAAAUGUAGGCAGUUUAAUGUUCACUUCACGAACUCGCCGAUUUUGUAUAUAUUCUGCUGGUAGUUCACCAUCGUUAUUAGCUGAGUCCGAACCUUUUGAUGCUGAGCCUUCAUCGGUUGUUUUUUUAAUUGAACUUUUAAAGAGAUGUUUUUGA